AUGGGAGGCCUGGAGAAGAAGAAGUACGAACGAGGUUCUGCCACCAACUACAUCACCCGAAACAAAGCCCGGAAGAAGCUGCAGUUGAGCCUGGCCGACUUCAGGCGGCUGUGCAUCCUGAAAGGCAUUUAUCCCCAUGAACCCAAACACAAGAAGAAGGUUAACAAGGGCUCCACGGCGGCCCGCACCUUUUACCUCAUCAAAGAUAUCAAGUUCCUCCUCCAUGAACCCAUCGUCAACAAGUUCCGGGAGUACAAGGUAUUCGUCCGGAAGCUGCGGAAGGCCUAUGGGAAGAGUGAGUGGAACACGGUGGAGCGUCUAAAGGACAACAAGCCCAACUAUAAGCUUGACCACAUCGUCAAGGAGCGGUACCCCACGUUCAUCGACGCGCUGCGGGACUUGGACGACGCCCUGUCCAUGUGCUUCCUCUUCUCCACCUUCCCGCGCACCGGCAAGUGCCACGUGCACACCAUCCAGCUCUGCCGCCGGCUGGCCGUGGAGUUCAUGCACUACGUCAUCGCCGCCCGCGCCCUGCGCAAGGUCUUCCUGUCCAUCAAAGGCAUCUACUACCAGGCCGAGGUGCUGGGCCAGCCGAUCGUGUGGAUCACGCCCUACACCUUCUCCCACGACCAUCCAACAGACGUGGACUACAGGGUCAUGGCCACGUUUACCGAGUUCUACACCACCUUGCUGGGCUUCGUCAACUUCCGCCUCUACCAGUCUCUCAACCUGCACUACCCGCCCAAGCUCGAGAGUCAGGUCCACACAGAAGCGAAGACCAGCGAGGACACCUACGCGCUGGACUCGGAGAGCUCUCUGGAGAAACUGGCCGCCCUCAGUGCCAGUCUGGCCCGUGUGGUGGUGCCCACGGAGGAGGAAGCCGAGGUGGACGAGUUUCCUGCUGAUGGGGAGAUGGCGGCGCAGGAGGAGGACCGCAGGAAGGAGCUGGAGGCGCAGGAAAAGCACAAGAAGCUCUUCGAGGGCCUGAAGUUCUUCCUGAACCGCGAAGUGCCCCGCGAGGCCCUGGCCUUCGUCAUCAGGAGUUUUGGGGGGAUCGUGUCCUGGGACAAAUCUCUGUGCAUUGGGGCCACCUAUGACGUCACAGACCCCGGCAUCACCCACCAGAUUGUCGACCGGCCUGGGCAGCAGACCCCGGUCAUCGGGAGGUACUACGUGCAGCCCCAGUGGGUGUUUGACUCGGUGAAUGCCCGGCUCCUCCUCCCCGUGGCGGACUACUUCCCGGGGGUGCAGCUGCCCCCACACCUCUCGCCCUUCGUGACAGAGAAGGAAGGCGACUAUGUGCCCCCGGAGAAACUGAAGCUCCUGGCCCUGCAGCGGGGCGAGCACCCAGGAAACUUGAAUGAAUCUGAGGAGGAGGACGAGGAGGAAGACGACGAAGGUGAUGACGAGGAAGAGGGAGAAAAAGAGGAGGAGGAGGAGGAAGACAUGGAGGCUGAUUCGGAGAAGGAGGAAGAUGCUCGGCUGACCGCCCUGGAGGAGCAGAGGCUGGAGGGGAAGACGGAGGCCCGACUGACCAAGCCCAGGGUGAUGGCUGGCACCGUGAAGCUGGAGGACAAGCAGCGGCUGGCCCAGGAGGAGGAGAGCGAGGCCAAGCGCCUGGCCAUCAUGAUGAUGAAGAAGCGGGAGAAGUACCUCUACAACAAGAUCAUGUUCGGCAAGAGGCGCAAAAUCCGCGAGGCCAACAAACUGGCGGAGAAGCGGAAAGCCCAUGACGAAGCUGUGAGAUCGGAGAAGAAGGCCAAGAAGGUGCGGGCGCUGUGA